AGCAAGCUCACCCAAGUGUCCUUCAUAUUGAGGCAAAAGAUAGUACCACCAAAAGGACAGAAAGACCCGCUGAUGUGAUAGGUAGUGCAUCAGCAGAGUUAUGUGGCCAUAUAGGGGCCGGAGACCAAGAGAGUGUGCUGUCCAUUGUCCCAGUUCAGGUUAAGGCAGCAAAGGGCAGCGAAGUGUUACAGGUGUACGCUCUCCUGGACCCUGGAUCCUCCGCCACGUUCUGCUCCGAAGACCUUAUGUUUCGACUCCAUCUGAAAGGUAGAAAAACACACAUCCUUCUACGCACAAUGAAUCAAGAAAAAUCUGUUCCAACUAAUGUCGUAUCCGGAAUUGAAGUUUCAGCACUGUACAGCAAUAACUUUUUACCUCUUCCUGAUCUCUUCACUCAGAAGGAAAUGCCAGUUACCACAAACAACAUUCCCAAGCAGAAAGACUUAGCUCAAUGGGAGUAUCUAAGUCAAGUCAAGCUUCCCAGCAUUAGGUCAAAAGUGGAGCUGUUGAUAGGCACAAAUGCUCCAAAAUGCAUUGAACCAUGGGAGGUUGUUAACAGUCAAGGUGGGGGCCCCUAUGCAGUUAGAACCUUAUUGGGGUGGGUUGUAAAUGGGCCACUGAGAAGUGCCGAUGGCAGUGCAGAGAGCGUGACUGUGAACAGGAUAUCAGUCGCAAAUCUUGAGCAACUUCUGAUCUCACAAUACAAUCAGGAUUUCAGUGAGAUAGCGUCUGAGGAGAAGACCGAAAUGUCAGUUGAGGACAAAAGGUUUUUAGAGAUAGCCAAUGAGGCGGUCCUACAAGACGGACAUUACCACCUCAAGUUGCCCUUUAGGAAAACUGAAGUCAGCAUGCCCAACAAUCGCCAGGUUGCAGAGCAGCGCCUCCAAGCUCUGAAAAGGAAAAUGAAAAGGGAUGAGGAAUACAAGCAGUCAUAUGUAGCAUUUCUCAAUGACAUAUUUGAGAACAAGUAUGCAGAGGAAGUCCCAGAGGAAAAACUCACACAGGCACCGGGAAAGGUAUGGUACAUACCACACCACGGGGUGUACCACCCCAAAAAGAGGAAGCUUCGAGUGGUGUUUGAUUGUGCAGCUACGUACCAAGGCGUAUCCCUCAACACAGAGCUGCUACAGGGUCCGGAUCUGACCAAUUCACUUGUCGGAGUCAUUUGGAGAUUCCGCAAAGAAUCCAUUGGCAUUAUGGCGGACAUCAAGUCAAUGUUUUAUCAGGUUAGAGUAGAACAGUCAGGAAGGGACUACUUGCGCUUCCUGUGGUGGCCUCAAGGUGACACCAGUCAAGCCCCGAAAGAAUACCGUAUGCUUGUACACAUAUUCGGUGCUGUGUCCUCCCCCAGUUGUGCAAGUUUUGCAUUGCGAAAAACUGCCGAUGACCAUGCAAGCUGUUUCCCCCCUCAAGUAGCUGAAACAAUCCGGCACAACUUUUAUGUGGAUGAUUGUGUGAAAUCAAUGGCCAAAGAGUCCGAAGCCAUCCAGCUCGUAAAGGACCUCACUGCACUAUGCAGCAAAGGGGGAUUCCAGCUAACUCAAUGGGUCAGCAAUAGCAGAGCAGUUUUAGCAUCUAUCCCGAAAGAACAUAGGGCCAAGGAAAUCAAAACACUGGAUCUUGACAAAGACAGCCUACCCACUGAAAGGGCCCUGGGACUGCAGUGGUGCGUGGACUCUGACAAAUUCCAGUUUGACAUCAAUUUAAGCCAGAAGCCACAUACCCGCAGAGGAAUACUGUCUGUUGUGAGUUCCAUUUUUGAUCCCCUCGGCUUUCUUGCUCCUCUCAUUCUCCCUGCCAAGCAGCUGCUACAGGAGCUCUGCCAGAAAGGCUUGGGAUGGGACGAGCCAUUGCCCCAAGCCAUAGUGGACAGGUGGACAGGAUGGACAAACAGUUUAGACAAAAUAAAAAGCUUCAGUGUUGCACGUUGUCUGAUACCCAAAGGCUAUGGUACAACAAAACGUGCAGAACUACACCACUUUUCAGACGCCAGUGAGAGUGGCUAUGGCUCAGUGAGCUACAUCAGGCAGGCUAAUGAGCAGGACACUGUACAUGUCACUUUUCUCCAGGGAAAAUCCAGAGUCCUUCCUUUGAAGAACAUCACCGUUCCACGGCUGGAGCUGGCCGCUGCAGCAUCGUUGGUAAAGGUGGACAAAAUGCUAAGGGGAGAACUACAUGUUGCCUUAAAUCCCUCCACUUUUUGGACUGACAGCCAAACUGUACUGAAGUACAUUAGAAGUGAUACUGCAAGAUUUAAGACGUAUGUAGCGAACAGGGUAUCGCUUAUUCGGGACAACUCAAACCCGUCUCAAUGGAGAUACGUAAAAGGAAAGGACAACCCUGCCGACGAUUCCUCAAGAGGAUUGAGUGCAGGCAAAUUCAUGGAGCAGAGGAGGUGGAUGCAUGCCCCAGAGUUCCUAUGGAAGCCUGAGGAAAGCUGGCCAGAGGUGGAGACAUUGGGCUCAGUGUUACAGGAUGAUCCAGAGGUGGAGAGUGUGCAGAGUGUGCCGCUCAGUAAAUUGGAGAGCAUAGCGCAUGAGCGGCAGAAGGCACUCCUGGCGGCCCUGAAGGCCUCUCACCACCUCGCCAACGCCGAGGGCCCGGAGCCCCUUCCCGUCGUCGCCAGGCUAGCUGAGUCCCUGAGGGUCUCCAUUCGCCCUGCUGUCCCCAACGCUGCGACCGCCCAGCUGAUUGACGGUGACGCGCGCAACUGGCGGUACACCAGCAUGCUGCUGCUCCGGGACCACUACAAGGCUGCGGUGGACGAGAAGAGAGGUUCUGGACGGUCCCUCUGGUCCAGCUGUUCCCACAACGCGCCCCUGGAGCCGUGCUGCCACGCUUCACCCUACCUGCUGGACCACCGCCUCCUGCCCCCGGCCUCCGGUCCCCUGGACCCGGUCCGGAGUUCCUCGACGUGGGGGUAG